AUGUCGCAAAUCAGUGUCGUCCAGUAUAAUUCUCCUUUAAAUAGACUCAAUAUUUUACAACAAAACAACGUUAAUAAUAAACAAAGUGAAAGACAAAUUAUAGUGUUGCGAAAACCACAACAGAUACUUCCUCAACCAAAAGAUUUUAACAGAGAUGACAUACUUAUCACGAACACGGCAAAAAAGAAGCAAAAUAAAUUGGGUAAGGAAGUAAAAACGAAUCCAGCACCGGUUGCAGUGGCAAGAAGAAACGCUCGGGAAAGAAAUAGGGUGAAACAAGUUAAUAAUGGUUUUGCUAAUCUUAGACAGCAUAUUCCUAAUUUUAUAGCUGCAGCUUUCGAAAACAACAAUGGUAGAGGAGGAAACAAAAAGCUAAGUAAAGUGGAAACCUUGAGAAUGGCCGUUGAAUACAUCCGUAGUUUGGAAGAAAUAUUAGCCAUGGAUUGUAAGGAAGGUAUCGCGGAUUAUACUUAUCCAUCACCAAGUUCGUCCGCAUCACCUAAUCACCAACCCUCAAACAACAUGGCAUAUACUUAUCAAAUAUUGUCUCCUACUGAUGCCAUGGUGGUAGAUGAUCAUCUACUAACAGACACUUCGUUGUUGGAUCACAAUGUCGAAUUCAAUCAAGAAUUGUCCUAUUUAAAUAACGUACAUGCGACAGAUUCCUUAUCACCUGGUUUUUAUAGUGAAAGUUCCUUAAGUCCAAAUUCUUUUGAAAAAAGUGAUCCUGAUAUAAAUGAACUUCCCGUUAUUUCGUUGAAGACUGAAAAUGAAUUGCCUGACGAGCAGAAGGAGAAUAUUGUGGAUGUUCUGCAUUGGUGGGAACAACAACCACCUAAUCCAGGAAGCUAG